AUAAAAAAAAAUACGUGUAUAUUAAUAACUUGUAGUUUGUUUUUAGGCUUUAUUUUCUAUUCAAAUUUCGAGUCGUGUGCUUCCAUUGUGGACUGAUGAUUUGGGCUGCCUUGUUCUGUGCACUACCCCAACAACCCGUGCGGUGAUGGCGAGGAAACCCCGUUGACAAGGCACUGCUUUUUCAUGACGCCCAGAAAACAAAGGGUGUUAAAUGACUGAAUCCAUGCUUCCUGCAGGAAAUCUGUGUCAUGGAUGAUGAGGACGAUCGCCGUCUUCUGGAUAUUUUAGGAGAUGUGGAUGCAUUGAAUGAUUAUCUCCAUGGCAGCAACAGCAAGUCUAUUGAGGAGGAUGAUGUAACAAAUGCAGCUUACGGCUCGGAUGGAUCCUUCUUUGCUAGUGACACGGCUGGCUCCAACACUGGCCUCAAGGAUGGCUCCUCUUCAAUGGGGGAGUUCGGCGAGGAUUCAACAGGCGCAGACCUUCAGCUCUCCAGUAGCCUUUCAUUUAUCGAGGAUGAAUUGGGGCCAGAGACCUCCCCUGGAGGGGUGGAUCUCGGGGGCGAGGACCAGCCCUUCGAUAUCCUGCAGAAGUCGCUCAUGGAGGCCGAUAUCACGGAGCAGACGUUGGCCCAGGAGGCUUUACUGGACUCCCAGCCCGCUCCCACUCUAGUGCAGGCUCCCGUUCCCUUCCCCUCCCAGCUGGUCUCUGGGGGUUACGGAGGGGGAGUGGGCAUGGUAACCACGGCGACAGCUGCUUUCCCCACGGGCCAGUUCCUGCAAGGGGUGCCCAACGGCUCCGCCCAGCACAUCCAGGUGUUGGGUUCGUUUGGGACGGGUGGUGGCGUGAUGACUCUGAGCAGCUUGGAGAGAUCUCCUCAGAUUGUGCUGAGGCCGGGGGCGCCUGUAUCUACAGCGGGCACAGUAACACAGGGGCAGGUGUUUGCUCCUACACAAGGGCAGGUGGGCCAAGUUGGUUUGCCUUUCAAAAACAUCCCCCUUCAAAACAUCAUCAUCCAGAGAGGCCCGGGAGGGACCCAGACUCUUGUCAGACCUAUCCAGCCUAAACCCCUUCAAGCUGGGGCUCAGACUGUCUACAGCCUUGGUCUUCAGCCCACUCCCACCACCAUGGCUAAUGUAGUUAACGCUAACACUGCUACUCCUGGGGGACAGUACACAGCCAACGGCUCCAUAGUGGUGCAGCCGCCCCUGGAGCAACAACAAGCACAGGCCCAGACAAAUAUUCAACCUGGACAGUACUUGCUGCCCAGCUCUUUGGCACUCACUCCGGCCAGCGCCAUCCACAAUGGCCCCGCUGACCCCAACUCAAAUGCCCUAAUUACCAGUCAGAAUGCGGUGCAGAUUGUCGCGGGGCAGAACUUCACUGCACAAACAGGAGGCCAGCUAAUUUUGAAUCAGGGAGUAGUCGGUGGGAGUCAGGUCGGAGGGGCUGUAACUCAAACGUGGACCGGAGUUUCUUGCGCUAGCUCCGCUCCCGUGCAGACAUCGUGCGCUCCUGGGCGGCUGACUCUGGUCGGCCCGGCGACGGCGGGGAUCGGCGGUCAAAGCCAAGUGACGGCUGGCUCCGUUCAGCGCCUUCUAGUGACUCAGACUCAGAAUUGCACUUCUCUGUCCCCUUUACCUUGUACUGUGACACAGGAUCAGCAAGACUACAGACAGAAUUCUUCAUCACCUGCCCUCAAACAGGACAGACAGGUGCAGCUCAGCAGCAUCCAUGCCAUGACAACCAUGACUCAAGAUUCAACGCUAAACUCUCAGGUCAGUGCUCAGAAGAGACCUGCCCUUCUGCCACUUACAAGAGGAGGAAUGAUUUUACAGCAGCUGAGGAAGGAUCAUGCUGGAGUUCAGACCUCAGAUCGGCGUAGAUUCACUUCAAUCGACGACGCACUGCAAAGACUCCUGCCAUACCACGUGUUCCAGGGGACUCCACCCAGCCAGGAUGAGUUCUCACAGGUGGAUGAUGAAUUUGAGGUAGUUGCAACUCAGGUGUUGAAGAGGACCCACGCCAUGGUGAACAAAUACAGACGGCUGCUACUGGUGGAAGCUGAGCGUUCCAGUCCGUCAUCAGAAAUGGUUAUGAUUGACAGGACCUUCAACCAAGAGGAGCGCAGCAACCUGACACAAGACAAACGCAUGGUACUAGUGGAUCCAGACAGCUUCUUGGAAGACUUCUGCUGUGGGAUGAAAUCCAAACUUUUCCAAGAUCCCCCCCCCUCUCAGUCGUUGUCCAUCUGUAGUUGGAAUGAGUCAGACAGAGGCUCCUCUGAGCCACCGUACAGGACAGACUCCCAGCCCGGGUAUGGAGACCCGGGAGGGGGUGGGGCCGUAGGUACGGGGGCAGCAGAUAAGCUCCACCCUCCACACUUAGAAAACAAGAGCGUCCUGGAACUGAAGAAAUCCCAGCAACACUAUGGGCCCAGCAGCGGCAGCAACAACAGCCUCACCGCUGCCAACAGUUAUCCCCAAGGUAACCCUUCACCUUUUGCAGCAACGGCAGGAGGACAGACGCACUACCAGGUGUCUCACCACCUGUCCUCCCACCCAAUCCAGCCCCAGUACCCUCCUCAGCUCACCUCACCCCCUCAUCCCGACACAGACUCUGCUCUGGAGGCGGCAGUCAACAGCAUCUUGGAAUGUUAAGACUGAUCAUCCCUAAUGUAUGGUUUCAAAUUCUUUUGUGUGUGUGUGUGUGUUUCUUUUUGUCCAACUCUCCUGUUGUAAUAUUUGUGGUGUUUCGCCCACAACCCUGUGUGAAGAGAGGUUUACUCUUCUUUCAGGUCUUGUUAUCUUUGUAAUACCAUCUCCGGCCAUGUAGCAUGUAUUUAGUUCUUUUCGGUUCAUUUUGGGGGGUUUUUGAGGCAUGACGUAGGAGUCAGGGACUCCGUCAGGGUGCCGGGUGAAAACAGGUACCUGAAAUUACCUAUAAAGAUCCGGGAAUGUGUGCAAUGGACUAACAGAUGGAGAAUGUUGUUGUUUUGUUUAUUUUAACCUUAUUUUAAAAAAAAGGGUAUGGUCUGUGACUUCAGUAGCUUGAAUGUAAGAGUGUCCCUCUCUUCUCACUCACACACACACACACACACACACACCAUUAAUAUUUUGUGCCAGUUGAUUACCCCCCACUACCUAUGCUGAAAAACAGGGAUGAGGAGGAGGGACAAAAUGACGACUCUGUGCCUAAUUGUAGGUUUUUAUUUUGAAGUGUUUACAUGAAGAAGCUCUAUUCAAAAAAUAUCCAUUCACUCGGUUCCUUCUCGCAUUACAAACGUGCACAAACGCACACACACAAACACGCUUUAGUACAAUGUGUUUAGAUUCAUGGUUCAGAGGUGUAGAUUUCCUUUAAGGUAAGCUCAGUAGAGAUACAUUCACAUAGACAAAUUGCACUAAACGUACUGUUGCUUAUUUCAGGAACUAUAUGAAUAUGAGGCUCUCGUUGAUAUACAGUGUACGCUAGGCUAAACCGAAUGUGAACAUUUGGAACUGAACCAAAAUCUAUUUGCCUGCUUUCAGCUGCCUGCAACAAGGAUAACCUCUUUUAAUCACACUAGAAACCAGUCAAACUAGUCACAUAGUCAUAUUUAGUAGUGUAACUGUACUCAGCAAUGCUUUCUUUCUUGUGCUUAAGUCACAUUUUCUUUGGCAUUUUUCUUUUGUACCUUAAAGGUAUGCAAGCCCCGACACAGGACGAAUCUCGAUCUCAACCACUUUUAUCAUUUCACAGUUUGUGUCAGGGGAGCUCAGUCCUCAGAUUGAGGAAGAUAUGUUACAAUAUGUUUUAUUUUUUUAAUUUAGAUUUUUAUUUCCUCAUUUUUAGAAAUGACAUUAAAAAAAGAUGACUGUUUUUGUUUGUUGUGAUGUGUUCCCCAGCUCUGUGAACAUGACGAUACCGUCAUUAGUUUAAAUGACCCUCGAGGGUCGUUGAUUGUACGUAUAUUUGUUUGCCUUCUGCAUACAGUAUAAUGAUAUAUUGAUCAUAUCUAUCUAUGCUUUACAACCUUGACAUGUUUAUCAGUGUGUGUGUGUGUGUGUGUGUUGCAUACACACACACUGGUCUAUGGCUGUGUUUUAAUGUAGUUUGGUUGUUUGAUUGCCAUACUCUUGACUUUAUUCCCAAGUGUUAGUUCAGUCCCGCAGGAUGUUUUCUCACUUUGCAGCGUUUCAUUUCAAGCAUUUCUCACAUUUCCUGUCUUUUUUUCCCUCUCAGCAGCGCAACCAAAAUUCAUAAUAGGAGAGAGUGUGGUCUUGUCCAGAAUCACUGUCAGAUCUUUUUGUCUUUGUGCUGGUGAUUUAAACAGCUCUGUGGCUUUAGUGUUUCCCCUGAAGCUGUGCCUCUAAAAUGACUAGGGGCUCCCGCUGUGUCCUAGUUUUGUUGAGUUUUCCUUUAGUUUCUAGAGCAGAAACUUACCUUACUGUGACGUGUUUCAUUAUGAUAAAGAAUUAAUCCUAAAUAUCCACCAUGUAUUUCUGUUUUUGGAAUGACUUUUUUGCAGAUUAACCAACAGAUAUCUGCACUAAACAAGGAAGGGCGAUUGCCAACCCGAACAUAGGACCAAAGCUUAGGUUAAACGUGGUAAACGCUCUUCGAGUUGAUUCUGGAUAGCGUCACCUUUCUUCUAUUAACGUGUCUGUGAAAUAUGCUUGCCAAUGGGCUACAGGAGCAGACCGAAGGCCUUUUACAUGGGGUGAUAGAUUUUGUGUUUGAGUGCCAGUGGCCAUCGCAGCCCGCCUGUAUCUCUGCCUAUAGACCUCUGAUAUCUACCAGUGCACACCAGUGAGAAAAACUGGGCUCUCUGCUUUGAAAAGCUAAUCUCUAAUGACAUGUAUGGGGUCACGUGAGAUUUAUUUGCUCCUUCAAGCAGUUCCUGCAAGACUUUGUGCCUCUAUAGCACUUAUAUCCACAAGAAAAGCUAGUUUUAGACUCGCACAAAAGAAGUAGGGAUGUGUCCAGUGUUGGUGAAACGUGUUAUCUCGAUGCAUAUCAGUGUCUGAGAGCCUGGUAGGAACAUACUGUGCUUUUUCUCCCCUGUUUUCAGUGCAGAGAUGUGGUUUUAUUUCUGCCUCCAUUUCACUGUUAUUUUUUUUGUCUCACUUGAUUUGUAUAGUUUGUUGUUUUGUAUAAAAAUGAAAAGUGAAACACAAAAUAUUUAUA